AUGGACGAGCUUCACGAUGCCAUUCAGGACGCGCAGUACAUUGGUGCAGUUACAAACUCUCAACGAGGCCCGAGUGCAGCGUUUUACAACCCGUCACGUAAUGAACUUACGCAGUUUAUGAAGAUUCAGAAACAGCAGCACAGAAGUUGCAAAAAGCUCAAUUUUUUGAUCGAGGUGACAAAGUUUCGCUUGCUGCAAACUGCUGAGCAACGUGCUGUCAAGGGAAGAGAAAUCUGGGAUUUAUUUAUUGGAAAUGCCACGACAGAAGGUGACUCAAACACGACACCACGACAACAUGGAUUCACGAUAUGGUCGCCAGACAGAAGGAGAGAUGCGGGUCGUCUGGUGUCGCCACCCUCUUCGUUAUCAACAUCAGCAGAGACUGAUUAUUUAUCUACUUGUACCGUUUUACAUAGUCCACCGGUGAGUCGACCAUGUUCUUCGCAAACGUCGGUAGGUUUUCUCGACGAUUUAAGCGUCGCCUCGAAGACGACGAAUGGGAUUGUAUUUUGGCGCAAGAAUGAGUCUUCGGUAACUCGAGAAAAUGCACGGAGUAUGUUCAGUGUUGUGGCGACGGAUGCACAUGCACUUGGCGUUGGCGGUGAAGUAGUGCACCGGUUGAGCGCGGUGUUUAAGUGCAAACAGUCUGUGUUAGAACCUGAUGUGGAUCGUAGAGACUUGCUAGAUUGCGUUCGAGAUGUCAGUUUGCCAGCUUGCCCUACUGCUAGCACUGUGUCUUUAAGCGAACCGAACGAUCUUGGCUUGAAGAAUAGCAUGGAGAACUUGGCAUUUAAAACUCGAAGCCACAAGCGCUUGAACGUGGAUUUUUCGGUUUUUGCGGUGACGCUGUUUGAUGAGUUGGAAGCUUGUGUGCUGUGCAGUCUGGAGCAAUAUGAUCUAAAUGCCUUUCGUGCGUCUGCAUUUUACACUCGAUUGAUCACAUUUCUUUUCGUGCAAAAGCGGCGAGUGAGCAAGGACGAUUUUUCACUGCUUCGUGUUCUUGGACGCGGCGGCUUUGGUAUGGUAAAUGGAUGCAUCAAACGUACGUCGGCUUCACUAUACGCUAUGAAAGUGAUGAAUAAGAAGAUGAUCAAGAAAAGACACGCAGAAAAAAUGUGCCUUGCAGAGCGAAAGAUUUUGACUAUGAUUUCAUCACCGUUUGUUGUAUGUCUGAAAUACUCUUUCCAGACGCCAGAGGAGUUGUUUCUAGUUUUAGACUUGCGUACUGGUGGAGAUCUUUCUUUUCACCUCAACCGUGCAAGGUUCUCGGAGACUCAAGUGCGUUUCUGGGCCGCUCAAAUUCUGCUGGGUAUUCAACACUUGCACGAGAAAAAUAUUGUGUAUCGAGAUUUGAAGCCCGAAAAUAUUUUGCUGGACGAGAAGGGAAAUUGCAGCCUUUCUGAUCUCGGUCUUGCCGUGGAAAAAACAGCGACGUUAACAGGAAGGUGUGGCACUCGUGGAUAUUGGGCCCCAGAAAUGCUGCUUCGUGACGAAGAUGGAAAUCGUUUGGUAUACAAUCAGAUGGUAGACUGGUGGAGUUAUGGGUGUUUGGUCUAUGAACUUCUAUAUGGCAAAUGCCCUUUCCGGACGUCUAAGGCCAAAGCUCUUCACGAAGACAAGCAACAAGCAUAUGAUAAAGCUACAUUGGAGCUCAUUCCUUCAUACGACUCGAGAUACUUUUCUGCUGACGCAGUUGAUCUCAUUCAGCAACUGCUGGUACGUGACCCGAAUCAACGAUUAGGAGCAAAGGGAGCAGAAGAAAUCAAGAGCAUGCGAUUCUUUUCAUCAAUUGAUUGGCCACAGAUGGAGUUGAUGCAAGUGCCACCACCGUUUGUGCCCAACAAUGAGAUCAACGCUGCGUCUCAAUCCGACAUUGGCUCGUUUGAUAUUUCUGCUGUCAAGGGAAUCAAAUUAUCAGAACAGGAGCAAGCUGCAUACAGCGAUUGGGAUUAUGUCUGCCACGAGACAUUUCAGCGUGAGGCGGUGGAAUAUCUUGUGUGGGAAGCUAAGAACGGCCCAUGCACCAUUGGAAUCCAUAACCACGAUUCAUGCUGCUUAAUAUUAUAA